AUGACGCCCGAGGCCACGAAUGUUAAGAAGCGCAAGGCACAUGACGUCACCGACUCCAUGUCUCCAACGACGCUUCAAGUGCAUCGUUGUCGUUUUGUAGAUUGGAUGCCUGCAGCUAUCCAUGUGCUGUGCUUUAACGCUGCAGGUGACCAACUUGCCGUGGCUCGAGCCAAUGGCGACGUGGAGAUCUGGUGUGUCGACCUUAAGUGGCACCUCAAAUUCGUGAUCUCCGGCUCAGCUUUAAGUCAAGUGUCUGCUCUUUGCUGGGAACCUGAAAGCAAUCGUCUUUUUGCGUCAUCGCUGGAUGGGACGCUUUGGGAAAUAGAUUUUCAGUUGUUGGGCAAGAAGAACGUGAUGGACUCGAACGGUGGACCUAUUUGGAGCAUGGUCAUGGACACGGACAGUCAGCAGCUGGCUGUGGGAUGUGAAGAUGGACGUAUUCGCCUCUUUUCGUACUCGGACAGCCAUCAGAUCUACUUCAGUAAGGGCUUUCUCACUACUGGUGGACGCGUUGUGUCCCUGGCCUGGCACGCAAAGGCACAGAAGAUUUUUUCGGGCAGUGAAGCAGGUGUUAUCCACUGUUGGAAUGCAGUCACAGGACGUAGUGAGUCGCGGAUUACGCUGGAGAAUCUAGCCAAGCAGAAGACCGUCGUCUGGUCUCUCAUCGUGCUGGACGACUUGACACUUGUGAGUGGAGACUCAAUGGGCAAUCUCAGCUUUUGGAACGCACCUACCGGCACGUUAUUACAGAAGUUCUCGCACUUGACUGCUGACAUUUUGGCUAUUUGUGUAAGCAAGAACAACAACUUGCUGUACGCGUCUGGCGUAGACAAUCAAGUCGUCGAGUUUUGGCGCUCGGUCGCGGAUAGCGGGAUUAGCACUUGGGCGUACUCGUAUAGCCACCGUGGACACAGUCACGACGUGCGUGCGCUAGCGCUGUCUUCUCAUAGUAGACCGGUGCUAGUUUCUGGUGGGAUUGACACUCAGUUGGUAUGGUAUUUUGGCAGCAAAUUCAGUUCCAUUCGCCCUGCCAAGAUUGCUUCCAUGCCGUAUCCGCAUUCAAUUGCGCUGGCGAAGGAGAAGCGCGUGUUGCUGGUGCAGAAGUCAACCUCUCUGGAUUUGUGGCAACUUGCCACGCAGUCAGCGGCCAGCAGUCUGAUUAUGCAAAAGCACAAGCUGCUGCUACAGCUGAACAUGGGCGAUGCUUUGAACUUGUCUUGUUCAGCCAUGACGUCGAGCGCCAACUUUGUAGCGUGCUCGAACUCAAAAGAGUUAAAGCUGUUUGAGCUGGAUACUGAGCAAGACUUUUUGCCAAAGAAGGUCACGUCGUUGCCGUGUAGCGUGACGGGGCCGGCGCGCGUGCUGGCUUUCUCGCCAGACUCAACCCGUCUGGUAAUCGCGUCGUCAUCACAUCAGAUCCGUGUGCUGGAUUUGACCAAGAUGGAAGUUUUGAAGACAUUCAAGGUUUCUACGCCGGCCUGUGCAGAUGAGGAUAGUACUAGUAUGCCAUCUCCGUUCGUUUCGCUGACAAUUUCUUCGGAUGGGCAGUGGCUUGCCACGGGUGAUGCUUCGAACAAUAUUGCCAUUUACAAUUUGGAUUCGAUGCAGUUCUACUGUCAGCUGCCUCGCCCCAGCGAGAUGCACACUAAUUUGGGCUUCAACUCAUCGGGUAAGACUUUGGUCUCACUUGUGUCCAACAGCUUUGUGUGCUACGAUGUGGAGACGAAGGGUCUUUCGGAAUGGUACCGUCAGAAUCAUGAGCAGUUCCCUAAGGAGCUUGUAGAAGGCCGGAAUAUCAAGGGCAUGGCGUUCGACCCUGCGAAACCGGACUUGCUUUACCUGUACUCACAGGUGAGUCUUUACCAGAUUAACAUGGGGAAACAGACGAACCAAUCCGCAAAGAUAACGUCCACAAAGUCUCGUCGUCGUGCAAUGAGCGUUGGAACCGAGUCAGAUGGCAAGAACGAUGCAGCAGAAGGCGAGUUAGUGGAGCUGGAGGACGGUUUUUGUCGUGUAGUCAACCGCUACCGUCCGUUGUCAUUUGUCGACUUUGUCGCGGAAAAUGAGGUGAUCAUUGUAGAAACUCCGUGGCUGAAGGUGCUGAGUCGCUUGCCUGGUGCUCUUCACCGUCAUAAGUAUGGCAAAUAG